UUGACUGUGGUAAAAGGAUGAUAGCAUCAAAAUCUUUCGUGCAAAUAUCUCUUGAAUGCUUUGCUCUGGCAGAACAAUUGUUACCAGAACCAGCUGAUAUGCGUAUGAAAGCUGAAAUCAGUUAUUCAAGGGCAUCAGCAAUCUUAUCAGCCACUUAUUCAAGUCAGUAUCAGCUGGCAAUCACUGAGGCAAGGACCUAUGUCAAACAGUUUCCUUCAUUUGAGAAUUUCAGGUGUUUGGAGCUGAACGUCCUGUCCCUAAAUAUUUUGUGGAGAAGUUAAUCACUGAGUGUGUGAAAACAAAAGCUAUUGAGAAUCUAUCAGUGCUCCUUUAUCAAGUGUCCUGGGCUGAUGAUUGUGAGGCCUCUUGUGUUCCGGUUGACUUGGUUUUGGAAUGGGACACCGAGAAUAGAAAUGAUCUCUUGAAAACCCUCCUGGAAAGAAAGGCACCUGCAGGAGGUCUCCCUGACAACAGUAAGUCACCGCUGACAAUUUGUUUGGAGAGAGACAACUUGGAGUUGGCAUUGAUGCUUUUAGAGUAUGGAGCUGAUGGCAAGGAUUUGGUUGAAGAAGACGGAGACAGCAUUUUGCAUGCUUCGCUGCGAAUUGGUCUCAAGAAAGGUAACUUCGCAAUAUUAAAGUUCUUCCUUGAUGAUAAAAGAUACUCUGUCGAUUUUCAAGACGCAGAUGGAAACACGCUCCUGCAUCUCCUUUGUCGAGGAAAAUUGAAUGCUAUGAAAUUGGAGGCGAUGCGACUUGUUCUCGAAGCAGGAGCAAAUCCACUAAUUAUAAACAAACUCAAAAAGAAACCCUUGGAUCUUAUUUCAGUCAGGGAUAAUCGGAGAAAGCUACUGAGCUCGGCUGAAGAGAAUUUUAAAAUUGACAAAUCCCUCGAUUCAAAUGUCGCAGAGCUAAAUGCGGAAGAAAAAAUCGACGAGGCCAAAGCAGAGCGAAGCUCUAUUGAGGAACCAAAGUCUCUGCAUUUUCUAAGUGACACUCUAACCUCGCCUCCUUCCAUGUCAUACGCAAAAUCCAAUAAUUUGAGGAAGGAGACUUUAGCCAUUGUCCGCGAACGUGUCCUGUCACUUAUCAAGAAGUUAGAUGUCCGUGACUGGCUCAAAAUAUCAAAGAAAUUGAAAAAAGUGACUCCACAAGAAAAAGCUGAAUUGUACGCAAACAAGGAAGAGCAAGGUUACAGAAGUCUCCUGUAUCAGACUGCUUUAGUAGAAGAAGAUGAUCGAACAUUUCAAAAACGUGAAUCAAACGAAUUCCGUGUUGCUAAAGAAAACACUGACAAUGUUGUUAAGUUGUCUUCUUUCGAGGGUUUGCCAUGGGAUGUGGAAUGCACUGCAAAAGUUUGGAAAAUAUUAAGUGACAAACGGCUAGAGUCAUGGAUGAAAGAGCGCUUUUUCGACAAGGUGAGAAGUCUUGCUCAAGGCCGAGACAACUGGACCCCACACUUGUGUAAGAGACUUGAAGGUCUCCCGAAGAGCCGUGGCAUGCUUUUGUACGAAACAAGAUUGACAGAUGCUGCAAGAAUCAUCUGGGAAUGUGCAGUCGCUUUCUCCCCCCGAUAUUCAGACAAAGACUGUGAAAUGAAGUCCACGAUCUAUUCAGAAACCAUCCGAAUAUGGGAUAUCGAGUUUGAUCAUGACAAUGUCUCGCGCACCAUAGAAAACAUUGUUACAUCCUUCACUCGUGGCAAAGGUUGCAACCUGAGAAAGGAACUCAGAGGACUUCCCAGGGAAGAGGCUUCCCAAAACCAAGGUCCAAAUCUCUAUGUUAAACUUACUGAAAAAAACCUGUGUACUCGCUCACGUGUUAAACCAGAAGAAGAAGCGGUAAAUUCUAAAUCGGGUGGUAAUGAAGUGACUUUCUUUCCUCCAGCUAGCCAUAAUGAUAAUGAGUAUCAAGUAUUAAAGUUUUACCACCUAUCCAGCGCCAUGAUCCAGGCUAUACGGGAACAGCAGUCGUGUAAUGCCGAAAUCGACUUUCCAUUUCGAGUGACAGAAGAGGAAUAUGACAUCAUCAACUUUAAACCAACCCCCCAGAGCUCCAUCAUUUUGAUUGGGCGGAGUGGAACUGGGAAGACAACAUGCAUCCUAUAUCGUCUGUGGAAGUGUUUCCUGCAAUACUGGAAAAGUGCCUCAAAAAGCGGGCCAUGGAUACCAAAGAACACUGUAUUUCUUCCUAAAGAGAGCCCAAGUUUGUCUUUAGAAAACUCUAACGGAGGAAAUGAUGUCAAAACUACUCACAACGAACUACAAAAAGCAAAGAGUAGUUGUGACAGUGGAGUAGCGGAUGGUGAUUGUGGUGAGGUAACUGCUUGUUGUCAUUUGGAUCCAUCUGUUCAAAUUGAAACUGGACUUGAACACGGCGAAUGUUUGGAACAUCUUCAUCAGUUGUUUGUAACCAAGAAUGGUGUCCUUUGCCAAGAAAUCCAAAAGAAUUUUAAGGCCUUGAGUCAAGCGUGCCCAUUUGUAAAACACGAUUCCAACCAAGGAAAAGCCACAUCGCACAAGCUUCAGGACGUCGAUGACGCUUCCGGGGCUUGGCCACUCUUUUUGAAUGCACGUGACUUUUACAUCAUGUUAGAUGCCUCUCUUCCUGAACCUUAUUUCUUUCCACGUAAUGAAGAUGGAAGCUUGCAGGGGAGAAUGCAGGACUGGGGCGAAGAAGGCAACCAGCUGUCUACUAUUCCUGUUAUGGAUGAGGAUGAGGACGAAGACGAAGAUUCCAAAGAUGACACAGAUGAGGAGGAGGAGGAGGAACCGUUUGAACCCGCUGAAACCACUUUUCAUCAGGGAAGACUGCAACUGGUUAGUUACAGUAUUUUUGAGAACUCCCUGUGGCCAAAAAUGUGUAAGAAAAAGAAGCACGUUAGCUUCCACCCAUCGUUGGUUUGGAUGGAGAUACGAUCAUUUAUUAAGGGCUCUUACGAGGCUCUGCAUACAAGAAGCGGUUAUCUUAGUUUUGAGAAGUAUCAAGGGAUUGGACUAAAGAGGGCGUCUAACUUCAAAGAUGGAGGCAGAGCAGAAGUUUAUAGGCUGUUUAAAUCUUAUGAGCAUUUCAGGAAACAGUCCAACAUGAUUGAUGAAAACGACGUUGUGUUCGAUCUGUAUCACCGAUUGAGGCAGUGUGCAGUACCUGAUUGGUCAAUCCACGAGUUGUACGUGGAUGAAACGCAGGACUUCACUCAAGCAGAGUUGAUGCUGCUAAUACGCUGUUGCCGUGAUCCUAAUGCGAUCUUUCUCACUGGCGAUACCGCCCAAAGUGUAAUGCGAGGUAUUUCCUUUCGAUUCGAAGACCUGGGAUCACUUUUCUUUUACUUGAAUGACAACUACAAAGCUGUUGGAGCUCAAGCAGAAAUCGUCGUUCCAAGGCGAAAGCAGCUCGUUUUAAACUACCGGUCACACAGCGGAGUUUUGGGUUUGGCUUCCAGUGUCGUCAACAUUUUACAGAAAUACUUUCCUGAAUCAUUUGACAAGCUGGAGAGAGAUCAAGGGCAGCUGGAUGGUCCCAAGCCAGUACUCCUCGAAUCGUGCAGUCCAUCAGAUCUUGCAAUUAUUCUUCGUGGAAAUAAGCGUGAGACGACCACCAUUGAGUUUGGUGCUCAUCAAGUCAUCUUGGUGGCUUCUAACGAAGCGAGAGAGAGUCUUCCGGAAGAACUUAGCCACGCAUUAGUGCUGACAAUUUACGAGGCAAAAGGAUUAGAAUUUGAUGACGUUCUUGUUUACAACUUCUUCAAAGACUCACAGGCGUGUGCAGAGUGGAGAGUUGUUACGCAGUAUCUGUUGGAGGUGGUAGGCUGUGAGACUGGGAAAAUCAAAUCCCGUCCAUUGACGUUCAACCCUGAGAAGCACAGAAUCCUCAACUCCGAACUAAAGCAACUGUACACAGCAGUGACUCGAGCCCGAGCAAACGUUUGGUUCUUUGACGAAAAUGAAGAAAAUCGUCGACCUGUAUUCGAAUACUUCGAGCAACUUGGCCUGGCGAACGUUGCAAAACUAGAAGCGGACGCGGGAAAUGAUCCCCGUUGUGGUCAGGCUUUACAAAGUAUGUUCUCCAAGCCGUCAUCUCCAGAAGAAUGGGAAAAACAAGGACAAUUCUUUUUCAGCAAGAAGCUUUGGAAGGUUGCCAAGAAAUGCUUUACAAUUUGUGGUAAUGGCGGAAUGAGCCAAAAAUGCGAAGCUUACGUACAAGCAGACUACGCACGAACUCUUCACAGUGAGCCACGACGUCUGAAGGAUGAAUUCUUACGAGCAGCCGACCAGUUUCUGCAAUGCAAAAUGAUUCCAGAAACUAAGGUGUGCCUGUACAAUGCAAGAGAAAGAGCCCUAUACGCAAGCCUUCUUCAGAAACUCGGCGAGGAGAAAGAUGCGAUAAAAUGGUUCGAAAAAGCGGGUAGCUUUGUAGAAGCAAGUCAGUGCCUCGAGAAGCUUGGAAACUACAAGGAAGCAGUGGAAGUCCUUAUUCGAGGGAACCUUUACCAAAACGCCGUCGAUGUUCUCUCGCGCUUCGAGAAAUUAUCAUCAGGUGAUCAGAAAGAGGUCCUUGCGCCCGGAAGGACUCUGCAAGAAUUAUGCUUAGCCUCUGCUGAACUCAGUUUCAAGGGUGGAAAUAUGGCGAAAAUGCACACCUCACUUAAGUCUGUUCAUCCUGUGGAAAUUCGGGUUGAGUUUUUGAAAAAGCGCAAGAUGCUUGACGACGCUGCGAAGGAACUUCUGAAGGAAGGGAGAGCUGUCGAAGCAGCGAAGUUAAUGAGAGAAAAAGGAUCCUUUCUAGUCGCAGUCGACUACGCUAAAAGGUCUGGCCACCAGCAACUAGCAGCUGAUUGUACUUUGGCGCACGUUCGUAGCUCAAAGAACAUGCCUAGAGAGGAACAAGCUAAACAUCUACAGGAAGCUAAAAAUCUUUACAAAGAAGCAGGGCAGAUGAAUGGCUUUGCUGAAGUUCUGUUAGAGGAAGCCAAGCGUGUUGCAGCCUGUAGGAAAGCAAUAGAGGCUGCGAACAUUUUUAAAUUAUCCACAAAUUAUAAUAUCUGUGGGGAGCUUGAAUGUGUGGAAGUAAUGUUGGAUUGCACUCAUCCGGAACAUGGUCUGUCUGAUGUUAAUACAACCCCUGCGGUGAGAUUGGUGAGAGACGUCCUGCAACUGAUUAAAUCAUUGAAUGCCAGCAAUUUGGACGUAAUGACACAGAAGGAAAUCGACCGGUGUGAGGAGUACUUUGGACUUUUCAAAGAAGGCGAUCUAUCUAAAAGAGUUAUUAGACGCAAAGAAGGGGAUCGCUUUCUUUACUUGGCCCAAGGACUACAGAAACGCCCUGUUGCUGGCAGCAGAUGGGAGAUGGAUCUCCAAGAUGUCCGUGAGCGCAUAGCUGAAAUUCUUUUUAACAGAGUCACCAAGCUUAUUCAAUCGAUCCGUGUGCUCUUGGAUAAAACGUUCCUAACACAUCAGAGAUGCCAGAACUUUUUGGUGGGCUUCCCUUGCAAUUCCGAAAGUUGUCCGCACCGACACAUGUCUCCAUCCCAGAAUACCAAUGACGCGCUGUUUAAGGCAAUUUUAGAUGAAAUGUACCUUGAUGCUCAAGCUAAUGACUUCCAAAAAUUGGAAAAGAGAUAUGCUACCCAUAACUUUGGCAUGGACGGAUGGGAGAUAAAUUCACCUAACCCAACAGAAGACUUGGGAAACCUUUUUCCGAGAGAUGGCUUCGCAUCUUGUGAGAAACUAUUUGAAUUCUUCUUUCCUGCCAGCGGCCAAUCAGUCGAUGUUCCCCUACAUUCUUACAUCUGUUCUUUCCGAGAUAAAACGCCUUGGUUCUUCAAGCAGCGUCUUUUAAAAUUUGCCGAGGAAGUUUGGAAGAAGCGUGCAACUGAUGAAGCCAAGCUUCAAAGCGCUGAUGUAUUUCUGACUGUUUCGCACCUUCUUCAGCUUAUUGGGUCUCCUUCGCUUAGAAUUCUUUCCUGGAUUGAAGAGACUGAAGAUGAAUUUAGGAAAACCUGCGUCAUGCUGAACGGCAAGCCUAUAAUUCCGAAAACAGUGGGAAUUGCUCUCGAGGGUACAAAGAUGACUUUAUUUUCCCGUUGGUGGGAAAUGUCCAAGACAUAUUUGCAUGCAUGCGGCGACAUCCUUGAAGCUGGGCACAACGCAGUUCGCCGUUUCUUAUCAAUGACUGCAAACCCAAGAAAACGAAUUCCAUACCCCACGCCGAAAAACUGUCUGGAUAUCCUGGAGUACUUCACGUGUGUGUUUCUGACUCUGUUCGCUCGACUUCAACAGGCUCAGAAUUCUCGUGAUCUAGUGUGUCUUCCGGCCAGUUAUUUGUCCGUAAUGUCAUUUUGGAACACUCUUAAUUGCACCACUUCCGAGCAUGUAGAAAUUUACCAAGCAGUUUUCUUGUAUCAAAGUCAUCCAUUGAAUAUCCGUCUCGUGAAAAAGUUCCUGCAUGACAUGGUGUCUCUUAUGCUAGGAGGAUAUUCCCAGAAUUUCAACUUAUUAAAGAAAGUCCUUCACUGUAAUGAGAGUAUUCACUCAGGAGAAGCAGAGCGGGCACUUGUCUUGGUCCUUACUUUGUUAUGCAACAGCGGUCAGUCAGUCCCUCGUGAGAGCGAGCUAAAGCUUUUGGAAAACCUUUACACUGCACCACCUGCUGAGGUCAUGCUUCCAGACAGGAUGGCACUGUGCCUGGAAAAGGUUCGAGAGUCCAAGGGAAUCCGAGAGAUUGUUGUCAUUCUUCAUAAACUGUUGAGGGAGAGAGGUGAGAAUUUGUACACCGUUCAAUGGGAAAACGUUUCUCGACAGCUGUGGCGGCAAGAAGUGAACCCUGAAUGUUACCGCAACAACUUUUACACUGACGUGUUGGAGAGAUUGGCUCAAACAACAGAAGAACUUCCAGCCGAAAAGGUGACAGAGUCAGGGGAUAUAGAAGAAGGAUUCUUGAACGAACUUAACGUAGACGAGGAGCACCCCACGAGAGAUUUAGACCGCUCGCAAACUGAGAAGUUGGAAGCUAUAAAGAGAAAGGAGGUCAUUCAAGCCGAAUCCUGGGAAAAAUGUAAUGAAAUGGAAGAUCGGAUUCCUGAAGAGGCUCUUCUUCAAGAGAAUGCUCACGAAGACCCGUUAGAUGCAUACUUCAGCUCUUUUAGAGUUGAUCAGUCCGGCUGCGGCAUUUGCAACGUACGUUUCAGCCUAGGGAAGAAUGAUAACGCCCAGUUUUCUGUGGAAGACUGGGAAAAGGAAACAGAAGAUAACAAUCCUAUAUCUAGUAGCUUUGCAGCAUACUUAACCGUGGAAAGUCACCAAGCAGUCGGUAGCCCCCACUUUAACAAAGUGGAAGAGUUUAAUGCCUAUCGAAAGUUAUUCAUAGACGAGUUUUUUCCGCUGAAUACGAAAUUAAGCAGCGUAUUAAGUCAAGCUGACUUAUUUCUAAAGACUCAAGAACAGCAAGGAAGGUCAAUGAGUAUUUUAAGGAACAAGAUGGACGAAAUUGAAAGAGCCGACGCCAAUAUAGUUGAAAUAACCUCUGAUAUCCAAAAACACUGUAGCUGGGUCGACCUGGAGCCCUUUAAAGCAGCCAUUGUAUCCCUCAAAGAAGCUUUGAAGUCUUGCGAAGAGGAAAUUUUGUCAGAGAACUCACAGCUUAGAGAUGGAAGCAGAUUUGUCCCAUCGUUUGUAGGUCACUCGUCAGACUGGGACUUUGCUAACGAACCAGAUGGUAAAGAUGGCACAUGUGCUCACGUGCCUGGACUGAAAAAGAAGAAGUAACAAAUGAGGACUGGAAACUAGUUUCUAUGCUUAUAGCCAAAGAUUUUUCAAAGCAUGCGUGAGAAAGGGACAGGAUUAGUUUGUACCUUUCAAGUUAAGGGUCAGCGGUUGAUUGAUCAUUUAUCUCGUUGGAGUAAUGCGAUAAAAAAAAUAUAUUUCUUCUUGUAAAUGGCAAGUGCUCUGUGCAAAGUUAAUCAAGGCAACGAAAGAAAUGUGUAACGUGGAGAUUAUCUUGAAAUAUGUACCUUUUCGUGCGAAACUUAGUAAAGCAGGAAGCUUGGGGGGGAAAAAACGCUGACUCGAUAACAGUAUUCGUGUAAGUUAGGAGGGCGAGACACUACCUUGUAACACACUCAGCCAAAACUUGUGACCUUCAAAAAAAUUAGAUUUCUAUGGCUUUUUCUGUUGAUGGAAAAAUUACCGUAUUUUUAUGUUAAUUUCUACGAAUACUUUAUUUAUUUAUCAACAAUAUUUUAGCAGAGAUGCCCAGUUCAGCAUAUGCUGGUUUAAAUGGGGCUCUGCAUAAAAUAAAUUAUAAUACAAUUACAUAUGAUACAAUAUAAAACAAAUGUAUAAUGUCAUAACUACGAGAAUAUUUACAAAUGGGUAUUUGUGAUCUAAAGUGUCAAACGCUUUUGAGAAGUCAAGGAAGGCCAUCCCUGUUAAUAAACCCUUGUCUAUAUUGUAGAGAAGGUUGUUGAUGA